ACGGCUCCUAUUGGUUUAGUGCAACCGUGAUGGCACUUGAGGUGACGGCUUCGUACUUUAUAAAGCUCCCUCAGAGUGAGGAAACACUGUGAACUCCUUACAGCUGAAGUGGCGCUGAGGACAACCCGUGACAUAACACUGAACCAUGAGUGAGAGGCAAGGAUCCGGAGCAGCUGGUGGCAACAGCAAAACCUCUGGGGCACAAGAUGAAUCUAAGAAAGACGUCCCAGAGGAUUUUGACAUCGACAUGGAAGCCCCUGAAACCGAGAAGGCAGCCGUCGCUAUUCAAUCGCAGUUCAGGAAGUUCCAGAAGAAAAAAACUGAUGACAAGUCAUAGUUGCCAGCGGACAUCUCUCUCCGUAUGGCCUCAUCAGGACAGCAUGGUUUGAUGUUGCAUGUAAUAGAAUCCAUUCUAUAUGGACUCAAUGGAGGGGGAGGGGAAAUCAAGGUCGUAAUCUGUCAAUCACUGAUCUAACCUGUUAUUUUACUGCUGUAACUGUGAAUUCCAUAGUUUAUAUCAUUUUGGUUCCAGCUUUAUUCUCCAUUCUGGCCAAGAAUAUAUGUCUUACUACUGUACUGAUGCAUGAUUUUCUAUUGUAACUGUCCAUUAUUUGUGAAAGCAUAAUAUGUUUUCAUUGUGAGCUGCUUACAAAAUUAGUCAGAAACUAUUUAUUGAAUACUGAGCAUUAUGUGUACAUAAAUAUAGAGCAGAACUUUAUUUUUGUUUCACACCAUUAGUCUUCAUCUGAUGAAUGCUUUAGCAUACAUUCACAUCCCAGCGGAGUUUUAAAAAUAGCUUGUCUUUUGAAAGCCAUAUUGUUGAAUAAUUCCCAGCUUAUCUUACCGAA